AUGUCUCUCGCUACUACUAAUCGGUCCGUGGAGAAGCCUUCCUCGUUAGCAUGCCUUGCAUGUCGGAGGAAACAUCUCAAAUGCGAUGGUGUAAUGCCAAUAUGUGGACGAUGCCGCAAAACCCAGCUCGGAUGCCAUUACACCCCCUCUCGUCGAGGCUAUAAGCCCAGUUCUAGAAAUCAAUAUGCAGUCACAUACGGUCCUGCGCCAGUGUUGACUCCUUCAUUUGAAUAUACCGUACCUGCGGGCAUACAGUUAACACCUCAACUGUCGACAUUCUCCUUUGUUAGCACACCUCUCCCCGGUACUGUCACGACCAACGAAGAUAUCUCUUCGGAUCAGAGCAGUUCAGUCCCUACCUGGGCGACAACAGAGCAUCCUAGCAAUAACAAUAAUAAUAACAAUAAUAAUAGCCUCUAUAACCGGACUUCGUUGGGUACGGAUAAACCGGUUGCGGCUGCUGCGAUCUUUCCAGGCCUAGGGGGAGGAGGCCUGUAUGAUGCUAUCACAGGCUUACGGGGAGACUCAUACCUCAUCGACAUCUAUUAUGCGUAUUUUCACGACUCUCACCCCAUAUUGCCGCCUGCCCACUUUCUACCCCGGCUGUAUCCACUCCCAGCUUGCUUGGAAGCCACCAUCAAGUUCAUAGGUGCACAUUUUGUCUCUGAUAUAUCUCCCGACGCAUACCGGCCGGCUGUCACCUCAGCGAUUGCGCAAAGCGAUGAAUCCUGCUAUAAGGUCCAAUCUCUGCUCCUGCUUUCCAUCGCAUUGCACGGACGUAAUGAACGGGGGGAAGGCGUCAAAGCGUUCACGGAGGCGGCAGUGUUGGCAAUGAAGUUAGGCAUGAAUAUGAGAACAUUUGCUCCAAGUGUUGUAGGCGAGGACGCUGUCCUGUGUGAAAACAUAAGACGGACGUGGUGGGAGGUGUAUAUGAUUGAUGCGAUGUUUUCCGGGUUUGACCAAACCCCAUGCCAAAUUUCGAGCAGCACCAUCAUGGAUGUUCCCCUCCCCUGCGAUGACCUCAGUUAUUCAGCCGGCAUAUACCUGACUGAAUCACCCACCGCUGCCCAAUUUUAUGACAGAAUCUUUGAGGACGAGGAAGGAAGCAAGGAGUACUCGUCAUAUUGCCAUGCAAUCGAGGCCUCGAGGGUUUUGAAACGUACUCUCAAUCUUACCUACGCCCCAGAAGACCCAGAAUAUGACCAGAUAGAGUCCAUAGAUGCAAAUAUUGGCAGCUGGUUCCAUCAUCUAUCCCCUUCGAAGCGCGAUAUUCUAGCAGUAGAUGACCAAGUGGAUCAGGUCAUGUUCCGUGCCUUCAUGAUAAUUCACUGCGCAUCGAUAUACUUGCAUACACCCCAGUCUAACCUUCUCUCCACCCCUGUAGCCAUCUCGAGCAUUCCUUGUGGCAGGCGUUGGAUCCGGUUGCUCAGAACAAAUCCUUCCUCGAACCUAACUCACGCCAUAAAAUCGAUCAAAGCUGCCAACGGUCUUGCAAACCUUGCAGCCCUGAGGUCACCGAGCAUAAAACAUUCGCCUUUUUUCAUCUGUGGCAUGGUCCUGAGCGCGCUCGUGCAGCUCUGUGCGUGUUCUGUUCGUGCGUCGGGAACACUGGAGCCUCGCCGAGAUCGUAUUGCCCUUCUUAUCGGGGAACUCAAAUCCUUAGGCCCGACAUGGUCGAUAUCCAAGCUGGUGAUGCGCCAUAUAAAAAUGGUUGCAAGAGAAGUGCUUGAUAUUGGCGUCCGGCCACCAGCAUACUCAACAACCGAGGAUACUGGGCCUGACAUAGUCACCAUUGUUAACAGUGACUUAUGGUUGGGGGAUAUCCCUCUUGAAUAG